AUGAAACAAGUUGAAGCUAUAAUUGAAGAAGAGCCGGAGACUGCGGAUGAGAUUGUUGAAACAAGUAAUGAUGCAUCACGAUCGAAUUCGAAGAACGUUCCCGAUACUGUCAACGGUGCGCAGCCGUCAACGGCGCAGGCGGAUUUGGGAACAAGUGACGACAUACUAUCUGUGUCAGAAGUGGAUAAACGUGUCGCGGAAGCACUCCGCCCACUCCAUGAACAACUCCGAGCCUUAAAGUCUCAAGUAGAGGAAAUCCAGCAUCUCAAAACGGAGCUUGCUGAUCUCAAACCACAAAUUGCGGACCUCAAGAAUUUGCGAGCGAAGGUUGAUGCGUUGACCAGCGAAAUUAGAGAACUACGCACACAACAAGGAACGGUUGAUGUUGACGAGAUGAUGGCGGACAGCGUUCACGAACCGGUCACUCCACCACAGCAGUCAACCCCCCAGCCGAAAACCCCUAAAACGUAUGGGCCAGGCGGCUUUGGCAUGCCUUCAGCUUUCAGAACGCCAUCAAGUACAGCGAUCGUCCCUAAGGCGAGCUCUGCUGGCGUACAUGACUCAGAAUACAAUCCUACUGAAGCCCACCCUGGAGUCGCAGCCAGUAUGCUUGGUAAACGCCAUCGAGAUUCUGUUGGAAGUAGCAUUACGGGUAUUGUCGAAGAGGGUCAUGAGGACGAGUACUCUGAGGAAGAACUCGCGAAACGAGUUCGUUCCUCUGCGCCCCAUGUUCCCAGCUUCACUGUCUUCCGAGGGCCUGAGGGACCAGCGGAGAGUUAUGUGGGCUCACCACCGCCUACUAAUCACUUGCCAGAGUAUUUUGACUCUACAGACAGUGGGAAUCGCGCUGGGAGGUUAGGCCAUGGAGCGGCUAGCACCAGCUCUGCAACUGCGUCAGAAAACCAGCAGCCUUUCAACUUUACCUUUUUACCUAUUUCUUCCACUCCUGCGAAUGCUAUAACGGACGUUUUCAAACCAUACGGUCUACCUUCCCCCCCCAAACGCCUACCAUCUUUCGCCUCCGGAUCACAGCCAGCUCUCCGGGAGACUUUUGUCGAUCCUGCUGCCCUUACACAACGGUCUUCUGGGAAACAGAGAGAAGUAUCAACCAACGACGGGGAAGCUGAAUCGACCAAUGCUGAGAGGAAGUCCGAUGCAGCCCCCGGCGCAAAUGUACCAUCAACGAAGCGAACUAUGUAUGGUACCGAAUUAGAAGGGGAUACUCGCUUUGGAGACUUUGGCAUGGACGGAGUUGCGAGUAUUGGGAACCUUGGGGCAGGUUUCUGGGCCGGUGGCAGGUUUUAGUCGCGAGUUUGUAAUUCUUCCUUAUCAACCCAUUAUGUGUUAUUGUACUCUGGCCAAUCUCUAGCUUU